GCAUUCAAGUAGUAGAAUCAGAUUACACCAAUUUACAAGAACAUUAAAAUUAGUGAAGACCAAGCAAAUUCUCCCAAAUACAUUCAUUUUUGUAUUUUGAGCAUUUAGAUAGAGUCCUAGCUUCAAAAUUGACUCAAUUAAAAUGGAGAAACAAGUUUUGGAUUACGUGUUGGUACCAGUAGGCCUCGUCUUCAUGGUUGUUUAUCAUGUAUGGCUUCUUCAUCGCAUCCUUAAACACCCUUCCCGAACUGUCAUCGGCAUCAAUUCCAUCAAUCGUCACUUCUGGGUUCGCGCUAUGAUGGAGGACCCCUCGAAAAAUGGAGUUCUAGCUGUACAGACAUUAAGGAACAACAUAAUGGCGUCAACACUUUUGGCAUCUACGGCGAUUAUGCUCAGUUCUCUGAUCGCCGUUUUAAUGACCGGCGGAAGCAAGGGCCGUUCUAUCGGUUUUCAUGUUUACGGAGACACAAGCGAGCUUUGCCUGUCGAUUAAGUUCUUCUCUAUAUUGGUAUGUUUUAUGGUGGCGUUUUUGUUUAAUGUGCAGUCAAUCAGGUAUUACAGUCACGCUAGCAUACUCAUAAACGUGCCCUACAAGAAAUUGGAUUCUUCGAGACAUUGUGUGACAGCGGCGUAUGUAGGGAGAACAGUGAAUAGAGGCAGCUAUUUCUGGUCACUUGGACUGCGUGCGUUUUAUUUUUCGUUUCCGUUAUUUUUGUGGAUCUUUGGACCUAUUCCUAUGUUCCUUUGCUGCAUUUUCCUGGUUUUUAUGCUUUAUUUCCUCGACGGUAGUUCAGAUUUUGGGUGGAUUGCACCAACUGAUGUGGAGACUCAACAGACAGCUUGAUGUCAGAUUUUCGAGAGAGCAGUUUAAAUUCAAUCCAAGUUGCAUUGAACUGCUUGACUACCGUGUAAUGUUCUGUGCCUUCUAAUAACAAUUCUUGUGGAGAAUUGGAAUAUAAUACUUAAUUUGAGUA